AAAAAUCCAAUCAUUAAUUAGUUGAACUGCCUGAAUUUGGAAUCGGUUUUGACUUUUGAGGGAAUGUAAAACGUACAGGUUGUCACUUAUGAGUUGAAGCAUGAAACAAUCAAAUAUCCGUGGACGACGAGACUCCUACUUGUAUUAGGAUUUUUGCCUGAACAAUCAAAUAAUGUUUUUAUGAUAAAACUGUAAAAAGUAAAAUAAAAAUAAAAAAGUGAACUUCGAAGCCCACAUAUCUAAAAAUAACCCAAAUAAUUAAACAUCAACCAGUUAAGUCGUAAAAUAUUCUGCUAAGGUAAAAAAUCUAGGGUUUCUCUUUUAUUUCAAUCAUGGCUUCGGGAUCAAGCAAGACAGAGACCGAGUCGACGCAAAUCGUUUCCACGACGCCCAUAGAAACAACCACUGAAGAAUCCGCCGUCUCUUCCUCUCUGAACAAGGACAAAUCCGACUCCGACCCGAAGGAAAAUGAUUCUUCCAAUGACGAAGAUAGCAUAGUGGACGACGGAGAUUCAGCAAGCGAUCAAUCGGAAUGGGGAGUGGAUAGCUUCGACGAUAAGGAAUAUAUUUCACCUGAUGAAGACACUCAUAGCGACGAAGAAGUUGAGCGAAAAUCCCGUCUUUAUAAACGGAAUCUCCACUUUAAUUUAGGGUUUCUUGUGGAAGAAGGGCUUGGUCCACGUCCACGUCCACGUUCCGUAGGGGGUGGCUCUACCUAUCUUGAAUCUCUGGACAGUGAACAUUCUCCGGUUAAAGGAAGGACACAGCUUCAAUACGCACAAGACAUGGCCAAAUUGUCCCUUCGCAAGUACAAUGCCUUUAACGAAACCAAUGUGAAAUUGGAUCAUGUUGUAAGAGUGACAGGGUGUUUUAGGGGUAGGUUUACUUCGUAUAUCACUUUCAUGGCGAAAGAAUCUGAGGAGGAUGAUACGCUUGUGGAGUAUCAAGCCAAGGUUACCAAGAAUAUAAAACGCAAGACUUAUCCUAUGUUUUGCAGGCCUAGUCCCAAGCUAGAUCUAGAUAUGUAGUCUAAAUUAUCUUUUUAAUUUUUGGAUAUAACGCUAAAUAAUUAGAUGGUUACAUGGUCGUUUUUUGCUUCUUAUGAAUG